CUACUGCUCUGGUAAGUCACUCUUCUUUGUCGUUCCUCACUCCUUUCCGCUGCGGUGAGUUCGAUCGGCCGGCGUGAGCAAUUCACCCUGUUGAUCGGAGACUCGUCGAGCCUCGAUCAGCAAGACGGCGACAACCAUUGCGACCUUUAUCUUCUACAUCAUCUCCCCACGCCACGGCGUGAAGGCGUCGACUGCCACCACGUCCUCCACAUUCGACAUCGUCGCUGGGCAGAGUAAAUUGGUUCUAUUUUGACUUCCGAGUGGUAAACAUUUAGCCUCCACAGGUUUUCUCCCUCUUCGUGGACGCUAGGUUACUUCGCGAUAUUGAUCGUUCCUUUCGUUUAUGGGGGAAAAGGCAAGCCUUUUCUUUAGGAUGUGCACGUGAGCCCAAUUUAUUGCACAAUCUAACUCAUUUAGCAAUCAAUUCUAACUUGUUAUGUUUGCUAGAGAUCUGGAUGUACUAGAUUGUAGCGUAAAGAACGUUAAGUUGUGCUAGUGCAGUGAGAUUACCAUUUAUUAUUCAUUGUACUAAAAGAGCAAUAGGAUAUAUUCUGCAGCGUGUGUUGGGGUUAGGGUUACUUUAGCACCUUUUGUUGGUAUCUGCACUAUUCAAUGAUCACCCGUAGGAUUAUUUCCAACAGGAGAGAUUUUCAAAUCAAUAUGAAGUAAUUCACUCAACACAAGAAAUAGAAGAAUCACACAAAGCAAAAAAUGAAUAUAAAUGAACUGAUAUAAGAAGUUUUAGUUUUUUUUUUGAAAAAUGAACAGAAUGUUUAUAUUAAAGAAUGGAUAAAAAAUAACUGAUAAGAAUUUUUCUUUUUGUUUAGUAAACUGAAUUCCACAAAAUGUCAUCUACUCAGAAAUCACACACACAAAAAAUCUGAAUCUCAUAGCAGCAAAAAAAAAAAUGGCCUUAAGAAAUGAUAACCAUUUUAAAUAUAAAGAAAGUCAUAGCCAUAUUAUGUAGAACGAUUGUCUGAAUUGAAAUUUUUUUCUUCUGAUUUUUUUAUUUUCUUCAUCUUGUUAAAAAUGACCUUCUGGACGAGGUUUACAAAUAAAAGGGAUGAUCGAGAUGCACGAGGCAGAAAAAUUAUGUCAUUGAAUGUUUCAAUGCAAUGUUAGUGAAGCUGCUGCAUGAGAAACUUAACAAAACUUAAUCUAUGCUAAAAAUUCUGCUGACAUUUUUGUUUCUUGGCUACAGAAAGGUGAACUGAAUAUUGAUUUGUAAAGAUUUUGAACACUGUAAGCAGGAACAUCAACAGAAAAUGACAUCUUUCUCACAUUCAUGGCUUUUUCAAGCAGAUCAGUUUGUCAGGAGGUUGAGAUCUGAUGAUUGUGGUGUGUACGGGAAACUAUGUCGUAGAAAGUUCCACGUAUAUCAAAAACAAUUUGUGGGGGUAUGCACUUCCAGUAGGCAAAGUGUUUACAUUGGAUCAAAUCGAGGCCUUCAGAAACAGGGCAAAUCCUUUUAUACAGUUAACUGUACCAAGGAGAGGGUUUUUGACCCUUCAUCAAUUGAACCACCUCCAUACUCUAGUUACAUGGAUUCAACUUCUGGUCAGCUUGAGCCAGCAUCUGGCGCUAGAGCAAGUAUACCUGGAAGAGAGUAUUGGCCUGAAGGAACAGCUAGUCGGGUUGCUGCUGCCAGAGCUCCUGAGCCUGUUGGCAAGUCUGAUGGGAAACCUUCAUAUGGUAGAAGUCCUGGAAGCCGGAGGAGGAAGUACAAGGAGCAGGCAACUACUUCUGAAGUUACAGAAACUAAUGGAGAUAUGAGCAACCAAACUGUUCUUGUUACUUCAGAAUCAGAUGAUAACGCUGAUGGGCCUAUAGACCCAUCUGAUGAAUAUGUUAUAUAUCAGACAGAACCUGAACCUGAGGAAGAGAACAUGAGCCAAUAUGAGUUAGACAAAGCAAUGGGGCGGCCACAUCCAUUCAUAGAUCCAGCUAUUAAUAAGCCCAUAGAAGAGCCUCAUUCAAGUGAAGAUCUUUGGUGGAAUUGGCGCAAACCAGAAAAGGAGCAGUGGUCAAGAUGGCAAAGGCGGCGCCCAGAUGUUGACACGGUUUUUGCAAAGGCAAUGGCAGAAACUGGACAAAUAAAAUUGUUUGGUGACUACCCAACAAAAACCGAAGCUGCUCUUGCAAGAGCAAGAAGACAUAUCUUCAAGGAGGAAAGGCUUCAGGAAGAACAGAGGAGAUUGGAGGAGGUUGGGCCAAUAGCAUAUUAUUCAGAGUGGGUCAAAUCAUGGGAUCGGGAUACUUCGGGAGAGGCUAUACAGAGACACUAUGAAGAAACUGGCGAGGAUGAGUUCACUCAACUCAUAACAAUGUUUGAACAUCAAACUGCUGAGGAGUACCGCAUCAUGAUGGGAACCGACAUACGAAUUAAGCGGGAUCCUUUAGCAAUGCGAAUGCGGGAGGAUCUAAUCAAAGAGAUAUGGGGUGGUGAUCCUGUUUAUCCAACCAUCAAUUAUAUUCAAGAUCCUAAUGAAGUAAUUGAUUUUAGGGGGCCAGAUUUUCAUGAACCUACACCAAAUAUGUUGUCUUAUCUCAUGGAGCAUGGCAAAAUCAUAUCAAGGGAAGAUCUUGAGAAAAUUUUGGCGAAUGAGAAAAAACAAGAGCUAGAGAUCACUGACAUGGAUGAAGCUUUGGCAAGUGCUGUUGACAUUGGGGAUGAUGAUGAUGACGAUGAAGAAAGUGAGGGAGAAGAAGACAAAGAAGAUGAUGAAGUCGAGGAGGAAAUUACACGCAACUGGAGUGUUCUGAAGUCUACCCCUCAGCUACGUAAAUCCAAGGUGAAAUACCGGUAGAGAGGAAUUUGAAUUCCUCUUCUCAAACGAGAUUUAUCUCCAAAUCUCUACCAAACUCGGGAGAUGAGUUACCAUAGUGGGGGAUUGGAGAUUUUAUCUUGAUUUGCCCAUGAGCUUGGGAGAUCUCGGGAGUGGUCAGCGAACACUCAGGAAUGUCGUAAGGUCAGCAAGUCCAUGCUUCCAGUUAGAGUAAAUCUCAUCUUUGAGUGACCGGGCAAAUCUUGGUGUUGUCCUCAGUAGGUGGUGUUAAGGUAAGGUUUGCGCGAGGGGUGUCGAGGUAGGGUUCAGCUGGCAAUGUCAUGGCGAAUGGAGCUAACCUUGUAGGAGACAAGGAUACCCUCAUCUGUUUUACACUCUUGUAUGCUCUCUCCCUUCAGGCAUGGUCAAUAAAGAUGAGGCAAACGAAUUACUCUGAAACUCUCUUCCCCCAUCCUCUCUUCUCUUCCACCUUGCAUGGAUAAACAUGUUCUAAAGCCUCUGGACAUAAAAGGAGAAGCUUUGCAAUAGAUUAGAUAAUGGCAUGGUUUCUUCUUAGGUUUUGCUUAAAGAUUUCAUUUUCUUUUUAGUUUUUUUUUUCCUUGUAACUUAUUAUUCUUUUUUUUUUUUCUGAUUACCAAAGAAGGAAAAGCCAAA